UAUAAGUACUGCCGGCGUGUGUCGGCCGUAGAGCAGACUCGACCUGCCCGACAGCCUGAACCCAAGCACGUUCUUAUACUCCAAUGACAGUUCGGUGAUAACAAGUGAUAUAGCUGAUCAGUGGGACUUGCUCACGUCUUCGUGACUAUCGUAGGAUAUCCUUCACACGGGUUACGAUUUGAUCUAAACAUAAAGGCGCAGUGAUAUUGCAACUUUUUUUCCACCUUUUCCAACUUCUCCAAAAGGAUAUACCUUUUCUAUAAUUUAAUCCAAAAUGCCAGCCGACACCAUGGAGAAGCAAACGGCAUCCCCUAUUGCUGGUGCCCCUGCAAAUGGAUCCCAUACUCCAGACAAACCUAAGAAUGCCAGCGAGCAUAGAAAGUCCUCAAAGCCCAUCAUGGAGAAACGUCGGAGAGCGAGGAUAAACGAAAGCCUUGGCCAACUCAAGACACUUAUUCUCGAUGCACUUAAAAAAGAUAGUUCCAGACAUUCAAAAUUGGAGAAAGCCGAUAUUCUGGAGAUGACAGUGAAGCAUUUACGAAAUUUACAGCGUGUGCAGAUGACUGCGCUGUCAGCAGACACUACCGUCCUCAGUAAAUACCGGGCGGGAUUCAACGAAUGCAUGAACGAGGUCACUCGCUUCUUAUCAACCAGCGAAGGGGUGAACACGGAGGUGAGGUCGCGGCUUCUCAACCACCUGUCUGGCUGCCUAGGGCAGUUGAUCGCCAUGAACUACCCCCAGCCAAACCCAAAUCAACAGGCUCACCUCGCGCAGCCCCUUCACGUACAGCUACCCUCUACCUUGCCCAACAGUGCCUCUAUGGGCUCCAAACUCAGCCCCACCGAGGCAAUGUCACCUAAAGUCUUCAGCGGGUUCCAGCUUGUGCCCGCCACCGAUGGACAGUUUGCUUUCCUGAUUCCCAACCCUUCUUUCGCCUCAGCAUCAACCCCAGUCAUCCCUCUGUAUGCUAACGCAGGUGUGCCUGUGACAGUCAACGCCAGCCCCGUCCAUGGCAGCCCUGCGCCAGUAGUGGGAUCCCCUGUCCAUGGGAUGACAUCAUUCAUCGGUGUGCCUCAGGCGGUCAGCCCUGUCGGUGUCUGCACUGGUUCGGAGAGCACUGAGCCUGUUUGGCGACCCUGGUAGUUUGGUUAAAAUGGACACUACAAUAAAGAAGGUUAUUUUUAUGAAGUAAAUAGUUCCGUUCUAGGGGACAUCAUUUCCUUUGUUGGACAUGGUAAAAGUUUGUUUAUAUUUAUUGGCUGAUUCCAACAUUUGGAUGUUGGUGAUAAAUAUUGUGUCCAUGCAAUGGAAAAUUUAUUCAAAUGUUUGUGAUUAAGUACUUUUUAUGGAACGAUUUAGUUUUGUACAAAGUUGAUAUUGAUUGUUAUACCAAAGCUGUGUGUUUUUAUAUUGUUUGUCGUUUUAUGUUUGGAAAUUGAAGUUUGGCAAUGGCCCAUUGACCUAAUAAAUCAGUUUGAAUAAUUCAGAAA